UCUUUGAUCAGAUGUCCGACGGUCCGUGAACGCAGCACGGCCGGGGUUGUGUAAUGUGGUUGAAGCAGGUCUGAAUGGAGGACAUCAGGAGGUGACGGACAGGCGUCAGCAGAGAUGGAGCUCAGUGUGGUCACAGUGGUGCUGCUAACAGGAGGGGUGCUGCUUCUCCCCGUGCUCGCCUUCUUCACCACCCUGCUGCUCCGACCCGGAGCCAUCCUGAAGGCCUACAACUGGUACUGGCGCCGCAGGCUGGGGAUGGGGGUCCGGUACUCUCAGAGCGGGAGCUACAGGUUCUGUUAUUCCAGCCGUGGGACACCGGGGGGCGCCGCUCCAUCGCUGCUGCUGCUGCACGGGUUCUCCGCCACCAAGGACAUGUGGCUGCCCGUCGUCAACUACCUCCCUGAAGACCUGCAUGUAGUCUGCGUGGACAUGCCGGGUCACGAGGGGACGAGUCGGACCGGUCCAGAGGACUACAGCAUCCAGGGUCAGGUCAGCAGGAUCCACCAGUUUGUGCAGAGCAUCGGUCUGAACCAGAGACCCUUCCACCUGGUCGGGACUUCCAUGGGGGGAAACGUCGCAGGGGUGUACGCAGCCCGGUACCCCUCAGACCUGGCCAGCGUCACCCUGGUUUGUCCAGGAGGUCUGAUUUACCCGACGGACUCGGAGUUCAUCAGUCGUCUGAGGGAGCUGGAGGACCGCAUCGAGCAGGAGUCCUCCAUCCCCCUCAUCCCCAGAACCAUGCAGGAGCUGGACGACAUGCUGAGGCUCUGCUGCUACAAACCCCCUGCCCUCCCCCGACAGGUCCGACAGGGUCUCCUCACCAACAGGAUCCCAAAUAAUGACUUCUACAGAGAAGUGUUCGUCCAGAUUGUCGGGGAGAAGUCUCGUCAUUCUCUGCAGGAACACCUGCAUCUGAUCACAUCACCGCUGCAGGUCAUCUGGGGCAAACAGGACCAGGUGCUGGACAUUUCAGGUACCACAGCGAUCCAGACGGUGCUGCCCGGCUGCCAGGUGGAGCUGCUGGACGACUGCGGUCACUCUGUGGCUCUGGAGCGGCCAAGAAAAUUUGCUAAACUCAUCUCGGACUUCCUGUGGGCGCAGGACGGCGGCGACGCCAAGAAACGUUCCUGAAUUCAGGCGAGGAGGUUUUAAAAACAAGAAUGAUGACGUCACGUCGGGGAUGAAGCUGAGUUUUAGUUUGAUAAAGAGCUUUGAACAAAUGCACAAAAAUAUGAAAUAUCCGUGGGAAGUAGGGGUGCAGAGGGUGCUGCAGCACUGCCUGAUAAAUGCCAGAGUACAUGCGUGUAUAAAUACACGCUUAAAUGAGCACAUUUCUGAUUCCAAUAAUAUUUUGAUAUUACUGAGCUGAGUCAGUCCAGUUUAAUUCUGUGUAAAACUACACAAAACGUGGUCAGAUUGGGUCCAUGUUCAGAUAAAACAACUUUCCACUGCACCCCCCUACUGAAACACUUUCCCACGGUUACGACAAUAACUCUGACUCUGAGGUUUUCUUGAUGUUUUAUGCACUUGGUUUUUAUUUAACAGCACAUUUCUGUUAUUAAUCAACAGUAUUUGUAAGAUAUUUACACAUUCCACUUUCAGAAAACUGUCCCGGUUUCUUCGUCGUCUCCUGUGUUUUUUUUUUAAUGAGAUUAAAACUUGAAGAAUAAAGUGGAGGCAGGUUUGAUGAAUGAGAUGAUUUAAAUGUUGUAACGGUCACUCUGAUGUGUUUUCAUGAAGCAGAAUUAAAACGGUUUCAACUUG